AUGCUUGCCGAAACCUCCAGCACCAGAGACUCUUAUUAUUCUUCAUUAUAUGACGAGUAUUCGUCACGUGGUGAAGAAAAAGCAUAUAUUGUCGGUUCAACUUGGAGUCACGCGGCAAAAACUGUGAAAAGACGACCUUCCCUUAAUUUGCAUCCUCGUAAUAAUAGUAGUAUAAGCAGCCUAAAACGGCAACCUUCUUUUGAUUGUCCUUCACCCCCUUCUCAUUUGUUAUCUUCAAAUUCGAAUCCACUUAAUUCGUUAUUCAAUUAUACUGCCUCCGGAUCUUUUUCCCCUACACCACCAAGUCCAGGAUAUGUUUUUAGCUCAUAUAAUAAUGUAAGACCUAGAGAAAGUCUUACCGGUAUACAAACCGACGAAAGUUCUAGUAAUUUAUCAGUCCCUAUGGACACGAAAAGAAAUAGUGCCGAAAAUCGUGCACCCUCUCCUUCAGAAAGUAGUAUCCUUGAAGAUUAUAAUGACUAUCAUACAAGGCACUCUUCUGCAAGCAGUUUUGAAGAUGUAUUAAAUACAAUUAAGCCAACCAUAAUCAAAAAAACUUUACAGAAUUCAACUCAGUCACAACUCAACAAAAAUGAACAGAAGCAACCAGUUAGGUCAACUUCUCGACAAAAUUCAAUUCGAUCUAGAUCAAGCAUCAGUGAACGUGUACGAAAGCAGCAAGAUUGUGAUGAUAGGGAUCAAUAUGGCUUUAGAAGAUCAUAUCAAUGGAUUACCAAAAAGGAAUAUACUGAGUUUGAGUCAUCUUAUGUACAAGUCCUACAUCGACGUAAACAAAAAUGGGAUAUUGCUAUUGAAGAAAAUGGCGGUGUUAUACCCGGCAGAAAUUCAAAGAUGAAAAGAUAUGUACGGAAAGGUAUACCUCCAUCGCUACGAGGAAAGGUGUGGUUUCAUUAUAGUGGUGCAGAAGCGAAAAUGAGAGAACAUAUGGAUUUUUAUCAACAACUAUUGAUUAAAGCACAAAAUCCACAAUACGAAAAUGAGUACGUGGAAAUUAUUGAAAGAGAUCUUCAUCGUACUUUUCCUGAAAACAUUAAAUUUAAAUCGACAGUAGCUUCAAAUGAUGGAGGUUCAUCUGUUAUAUCAACCGAUAAUGUUCCAAUCAUCCAAUCUUUACGUCGUGUGCUUACAGCCUUUUCAUUAUAUUCACCUAACAUUGGUUAUUGUCAAUCUCUUAAUUAUGUGGCCGGAAUUCUUUUACUCUUUAUGGAAGAGGAACAAGCUUUUUGGAUGCUGGUGACCAUCAUUCAUGAUUAUUUACCUGAAAAUAUGUAUGAUGUAACAAUGGAAGGCGCAAAUGUUGAUCAAGCCGUCCUUAUGAUGUUCGUAAUGGAAAAGAUGCCACAAAUAUGGAAUAAGUUGAGCGGAGGAUUUGGUUGGGACGUAGAGAAACUUGAUAAGAAUAUGCCAACAAUUACACUUGUGACGAGUCAUUGUGAAGGCAAUAAAGUGUUGUUUCGUGUAGCUUUAUCAAUUUUCAAAUUAAAUGAGGAAAAGAUUUUGGCAGUAAACGACCCGAUGGAAAUAUUUCAGGUGGUUCAGAAUAUGCCAAAGAGUUUGCUUGACUGUCAUAAACUGAUAGAUCUAUGUUUUCGUCGUCGUAAGGGAUUAUCGCAGAAAGAUAUUAAUAAACGUAGAGAAUUUUUCCGUGAGCGAAGGAAAAAGAGAGUAGGAUCGAUGUUAUUUAAACAUUGA